AUAGCCAUUCUGACAUCUGGUCUUCCUUCCCGAUCGGAAAAUCCUCGCAGUCGCAGAUGUGCUGUGUCCCACUCAACGUGUUAUUUUAGUCCAAGCUACAAACAUGUUCAAAACUUUGGGCAGUUGACGAAUUGACUUUGCUCCUGGAACGGAAGUCCUGAAAACUGAGUCUCCGGAAUAGGAAUCAGUUGUACUUCCAUGAGAAAUAUUACAAUUUCAGAGUGAAUUUCUGAAUGAGCAGUGAGUGUGACUUGUUAAACUCGCGUUUAUUUCAGUGACUUGUUAAUUAUCAGUUGCAGUGCUUUUUAGAACCUUGUGAAUGUUUAUAACUAUUUGUGUAUUUAGAAGAUAGGGAUUAAAUAGAUAUAGCCAGGCAGGAGAAACUCGUUUUAUCCCAAGUGCCAUUAGAAACUAUACAAAUCUUGGUUGGCAGAGUGAAAUUGGACCGUGGGAAUUUGCCCACGAAUUGAGAAAAUGACAGAAUUCUUGCCAACCUCUUCAUAAAUCACUGAAAAAGGAAUAAAGAAAUUCACUCAGGAGCAGGAUUGAGUGAGUUUAAAUCAGUCACAACUUAUGGCUGAAGAGAUGUCCUCCUCAGCCUGGAUGUUGAUGGAUGACGAUUGCAGUGACUGCGGGGGCCCACCGCCUCUCUUCCACCUCCCCCCACCCCCAAUCCCACCGGACCUUCCGUGCGACAUGGACAUGACAUGUCCUAUUCUCAAUGUAUCUGACGCAGAAUUCAAGCGAAUCGGCUCUUUUCCUUCGGUCACUGUGAUCGUGUGUUGUACCCUGCUGUCCUUUGUGAUUUUACUGGUCCUGGCUGCCAUUGUUUGGAAAUAUGUGAGAAUGAAGAAGAAGAGGAAGGGAGUGACACAGUCCUCCAAGGAUUUCGACCAUCACCACCACGGACCAACGAUGAUGAAUGGCAAUGGCGUUCUCUAUGAAGAUCUCAACCUGACUCACGCUCGACCACGACCGCCCAUUGCACCUCCUUCCAUAGAGAUGAUGGACGUUGCACACCAAAGCAUCGGUUCGAAUGGGAUGAUGACAAAUCCCAAGAUGGAUUUCUCCUACUUUCUCAACCCUCCUCCAAUUUACGAGGAACUUCCAGACCACCACUCGGACAGGAACAAUGGGCCGUCGGAAGACGAGUUUGCGGAGGACGAGCUGAGCGUUAUCGACGUUCCUGUCUCUCACGACGGAACUGACCCGGUGGCAAUGGCAACUAUGCGGUACCAGCAGAGUCAGCAAUACUCUAAUCAGCAGCAGCAACAGCAACAUCAGGGAGGGCGAAACUCCACCAAAAGGGCCCAGUCCCUCACAAGAAAGCGCCCUCCACGAUCCAGUUCUGGUUCCGGUGGGAAUGGGAACGCUGGUGGUGGAUCCGGCAGCUCGGCAUUUAAGUCACAACGAAGUCUUGACCGAAGAUCGCGCAACAACUUGGCAAAUUCUAGUCUGGGAAAGUACAACAAUGGCACGAAUCCCAGAGGAUAUUCCAAGCACGUGGGAAUGGAUGAUAACAACAUGCUUAUCCUCUCCAACCCAAAUAAUGGAAUGACCAUGAAGAUUCCUCCACACUUGGUCGCCGUGUUGACGGAAUCUUGCAACGGGAGUGGGCGUCCGUACGAGGUUAUUCCGACGAGUCUCAGUGGAGGGCAUGUCAUGUCCAAUCCGUCGGGUUUGGUGGUCGGCAACGGUGUUCUGGUCAAUGGAGGAGUCAAUGGGACAGGAAUUUAUCCCAGUUCAAGGAGCAGCGGAAGCAGUUACGGCGAAGGGGGCAGUAGUUCCAGCUCGGCGAGAGUUAACCCGGGAGAAAGCAGCUCCUUCGAUUCUGGAAUUGGGCCACACUCCAUCACGAGUUUCAUCAAUUCGCCUGCAUACGACCACGCCAUCCUAGCGCCGUCGUAUCCCAUGAGCGCCUACGAGUAUGCGACGUCUGGUCAACCCAUGAAUGCUGCGCAGUAUCUCAACUCACAGCACCCAAGCUUUCGAAGAUUGCGAAUGACGGCUGCAGAUCGCGACCAUCCUUUAAAUCCAAUGUACAGCAACCACCUUCUCACUUAAACUAAGCUUUUCUCCGGCAACAAAAGUAUUCUCAGUCAUUUACUUUUACUACUUGUACGAAAUAUUGUGGAACAAGUUAAAUCCAAAGAGUAUUGCAAAUUAUAAUUAUAAUUAUAUUAGUUAAUUAGUUGAGUUAACUGUUAAAUCACGAAUAUCUUAAUUGUCACGCAGAGCUUUUGUUCACUCUUAUUUUAUUUAUGCUAAUAAUUUAUGUGGAGAUGAUAUAAUUGUAGGCACUCUCUAUCAUUAGUAUAGUCAUUCUUACUCAUAAUACCGUUUCCGGUAAUACCGACGAAUUGACCGAUCUAAAUAUAAGUGGCCAUUGGCAGAAGUUGUCGUUGUCACAAAAUAUGUAAAUUAAUUAAGAUUCCUCUUCUCUCAUCUUACAUAAUUAAUCCUUAUCAGUACGUAAUUAUUGAAUUCCUAUGUUUUCACUACUCUAAUAAAUAUAUGUACGAGGGAAUAUUGCUUCUCAAGCCCACAUCACUUCCCAAAUGUUGAAAAUGAUGAAAAAAAUAGCUCCCAGAAGUGAAUUUGAUAGAAUUUUUUGGAUGUUUUUUGUUUCUGCUUAAAGGGCUUCCACCAUCCCAGCACAGCGCAGCAGAAAGGUAGACAUCUUCAAGAGAUCUUCAAAUUCCACUGGUCCAGCUUGUAUAUAUUUAACGUAGAGUUAUUCUAGUUCAGAUACAUAAUUUACAUUCAUACCAUCGCACAUAACAGACGUAAAUAUAAGUGUAGUUUGAUAAGGUAUUUGUUGUUAUAAAUGGCUACAUAUUUAAUUCCAAAUCUGCUUUUAGAAAUCAGCGAGUAGAGAACGUAGAGCUACAGUUACGAUAAUUACGAUAUGUUAGUUAGGAUAGUUUGGUGAUUUACCACUUAUCGAAAGAUGAGAUGGUUUCACACCACCCACAUUGCAGGCAAAACAUAAUAGAUCCGAAUUGUCCUACAAAUCAAAGACUCUACUCGACAAGGGGUUGUGAUUUUGUGGCAUCUGGAUUGUAAAUAAUAGUCAUUAAACUAACGUAAUUCUUAUUCUGCACUCGAUAGCACAAAAGUAUUUACAAUUUAGCUCUCAGUUUUUGCAAGUUUUCAUUUUGGUUCACUAAGCAUUUUCUGAACAAAUAGUUUUGCUUUGCGAGAUUAAAUAGUGUCACUUGUAAGACAAAAUUCUGCAUUUAAUUAAUAUCUCGACGCUUGUUAAUUACAGUAUUUCUGAUCGCACACGCGAAAUGCUUUAAGAAUAUCUUACUACUUAACACGUAAAUUACUAGAUAUUUCUGGAUUAAAUUAGCUCUAUGACAGAUUGCAGUGUACACUUUCAUUGUAAAUAGACACAACAAACACAAAACGUAUGAAGCUUCUAGUCUGAACAUUAAUGUUAAUUAUUUGUUUUUUAAGACAUAAUUUAUUCGUAUGAUUAGUGCAUUGCUUCCAUUCCGCAUACGUAAUUUGAAAACAUUGAUUGUACGUAGUUGCUAAAAGUAAGUGCUAUUAUUGUUUGAAAUUGAUUUGGUAUUAAGAAACGCUCCUCAAAUGUAUCAAUCAUUUAACAACGACGUACGUAAUUUGUACCUUUAAGACUUGGGUUUGAUUUGUUAAUAAUAAAAAUGUCAAACUUGCAAAU